AUGGCAACAGCAAGAUAUACUAAAAGAUUACAAAAAGAGUUAUUGGACCUUGAAAAGAAUCCACCCAUCGGUAUCACCGUAUUAGAAGCUACUAAUUUCGAGAAAUGGAUAAUAGCUAUCGAUGGAACUGAGGGUUCCCUAUAUCAAGGUGACAAGUAUAAACUUCAAUUUAGAUUCAAUCAAGGUUAUCCUUUAGAGUCACCAGGUCCAGUACCAGUUCAUCCACAUAUAUAUAGUAAUGGUCAUAUUUGUUUAUCAAUUUUAUACGAUCAUUGGUCACCAGCAUUGACAGUAUCAUCUAUUUGUCUAAGUAUAUUGAGUAUGUUGAGCAGUUGUACUGAAAAGUCAAAGCCUGUCGAUGAUUCGAUUUAUACAUCGAGGGCUGGAGGAAGAUCACCCAAAGAUACUAGAUGGCUAUUCCACGACGACACUGUUUAA